UUCUCUCCUGUUGCUUAUUGAUUAUAGACGUAAACAAUAUGAACUUCAAAAUAUUUUUAGUUUUUCUUGUACUUUGCUUAAAAACGGUUUUCGGAGUCGGAUCAUUCGUUGUCGAUUACGAAAAUAAUCGUUUCCUGAAAGAUGGAAACACUUUUCGAUACAUCUCCGGUUCUGUUCAUUAUUUUCGAGUACCUCAUGAAUUUUGGCAUGACAGAAUAUACAAGUUAAAGAUGGCGGGACUCAAUGCUAUACAAACAUACGUAGAAUGGAACCACCAUGAACCCGAACCUGGUGUGUACAAUUUUGAAGGCAAUUACGACCUGGUGAAAUUUAUAAAGACUGCUCAGGAUUUGGAUAUGCUUGUCAUUUUACGUACAGGUCCGUUCAUAGAUGCUGAGAGAGAUUUGGGUGGUCUUCCUUACUGGCUUUUGAGAAUCGAUCCUAACAUGAAACUGAGAUUUUGGGAUCCUAAUUUCAUAAAGCAUAUAGAUCAAUGGUAUAAUGUCUUGCUUCCGAAGAUUGAGCCACUUUUGUACAACAAUGGAGGACCAAUAAUAAGCAUUCAGAUCGAGAACGAAUAUGCUUUUUGCGGAUGCGAUCAGUACAAAGCUCAUCUUCGAGACUUAUUUAACAAACUGCUGAAAAAGAAUGUUGUGCUCUUCACAACAGAUCAGCCUUUUCCAAACAGUUUGGCCUGUGGUAAAACAUAUGGUGUACUCGCAACGACUGACUUUGGAGCAGGAGCCAACGUUACGCUCAACUUCGAUCGACUACGCUACACUCAAGCUGAUGGCCCACUAGUGAAUUCUGAAUAUUAUCCUGGAUUUAUAGACCACUGGGGACAUCCUCAUUCAACCAAAACAACUGAAAAUGUGGUGAAAACUCUGAAUGAAAUGCUACUGGCUAAUGCUUCAGUAAAUUUCUACAUGUUUCUUGGUGGCACUUCUUUUGGAUUCACUGCUGGUUCGAACAUUUUAAACACAUUUCAAGCCUGUACAACAAGUUAUGACUUUGAUGCACCUUUAACAGAAGCUGGGGACCCUACUCCAAAAUAUUACGCAAUUCGAGAUGCGAUAGGAAAGUUUCUUCCUCUACCACCUGGUCCAGUCCCUCAGCCUUCACCAAAAAUGAAAUCGCCGAAAAUAACUUUAAAAAAAGUAAUGUCUAUAUGGGAUUACAUUGCAAAACUCAACACCUCCGUGAUCUCAACAUAUCCUUUGUCAUUUGAAAAGCUUAAUCAUCCGUUUGGUUUCGUUUUGUACAAAACUACUGUCCAGUUCCGACCUACAGAUCCGGCUGUUCUUACUAUUAAAAGCAUCGCUGACAGGGCUUAUGUCUAUGUGAACAAAGUAUUGCAAGGUAUUCUGGACCGUGAACAGAAAGUGGAGAGCAUUCCAGUUCAAGUUUUGAAAGGUCAACUACUAGAAAUUUUAGUAGAAAACCAAGGGCGUGUAUGUGCUAAUCAAAUCAAUGACCCGAAGGGAAUUCUUCAAAAUGUAACAUUAGGUUCCAAAAUACUUCAAAACUGGACAAUGAUACCUAUUCCAUUAGACCCCAAAUCAAUUCAGCAGAUUGAAUCUUCCACAGAAAAAACAGAUUCUAUCUCAACACCUUCUUUCUAUACUGGAAAGUUUGAAAUACCCAAUUCGACUCCAAUCUUGGACACAUUCCUUAAAGUGGAUGGAUGGCAUAAAGGAGUAGCAUUCCUCAAUCAGUUCAAUCUUGGAAAAUACUGGCCAAUUGUGGGACCUCAAAUUACUUUAUAUGCCCCAAGUACUCUUUUCCGAAAUUCAUCCACAGUGAACCACAUUACCUUAUUAGAACUAGAAAACUCGCCUUGUGAUAAAGAAAACAGCUGUGUUGUUCAGUUUGUGGAUACUCCUAUCGUUGAUGGCCCAACUCCCGAGUAUUAAAAUGCUUUU